CUCAGUAAGGCUGAGGCCGUGCAGCAAGCAGUAGGUAAUGAGUCUUUGUGCAGAGUGAAGCUCUUGUCGCUGAACAAUAAAGCAUAUGGUACCAGCAAUAAAACACAGGGCUGGGAAAUUUAAGAAGAUUCCGCUGAACCAGGAAGACACAGUGCCUUCGGUGAUGCUGACAUACAUUAUAAAAUGAUAAUCCAUUUAUUCUGGAUUCUAAUGAAUAAAGAGUGCAAGGAGUAGGACUACAGCUAUUUGAACAGGUUCAUGUGACAGCACUGCAGCUAUGAGUGGAAUUUUAAAGAGGAAGUUUGAAGAAGUUGAAGGCUCCUCACCCUGCUCUUCUGUGCGGGAAUCAGAUGAUGAAGUUUCCAGCAGUGAAAGUGCUGACAGUGGGGACAGUGUCAAUCCAUCCACUUCUAAUCAUUUUACCCCUUCCUCCAUCCUCAAAAGAGAGAAGCGGCUGAGGACAAAGAAUGUGCAUUUUAGCUGUGUCACAGUAUACUACUUCACCAGGAGACAAGGCUUCACCAGCGUGCCCAGUCAAGGGGGCAGCACCCUGGGCAUGUCCAGCCGCCAUAACAGUGUGCGCCAGUACACGCUUGGCGAAUUUGCCAGGGAACAGGAGAGGCUCCACCGAGAGAUGUUGAGAGAACACCUCAGGGAGGAAAAACUGAACUCUUUAAAACUAAAGAUGACUAAGAAUGGCACAGUGGAAUCUGAAGAAGCCAGCACGCUGACUGUGGAUGACAUUUCUGAUGAUGAUAUUGAUUUAGACAACACAGAGGUAGAUGAAUACUUCUUUCUACAACCCUUGCCAACAAAAAAACGGAGAGCACUGCUGCGCGCCUCUGGAGUGAAAAAGAUUGAUGUGGAAGAAAAGCACGAGCUGCGAGCCAUCCGCCUAUCGCGAGAGGACUGUGGCUGUGACUGCCGCAUGUUCUGUGAUCCAGAGACGUGUACCUGCAGCCUUGCCGGCAUUAAGUGUCAGGUGGAUCGGAUGUCUUUCCCAUGUGGCUGCACUAAGGAAGGAUGUAGUAACACAGCAGGUAGAAUUGAAUUUAAUCCUAUCCGUGUCCGGACUCACUUUUUGCACACAAUAAUGAAACUUGAACUGGAGAAAAACCAAGAGCAGCAGAUCCCCAUGCUGAAUGGCUGCCACGGUGAGAUAAGUGCUCACAGUAGUGCCAUGGGCCCUGUUGCUCACUCCGUAGAAUAUUCUAUUGCAGAUAAUUUUGAGAUUGAAACUGAACCCCAGGCUGCCGUGCUGCACCUGCAGUCAGCUGAGGAAUUAGAUUGCCAAGUAGAGGAAGAAGAGGAGGAGGAGGAUGGGAGCAGCUUCUGCAGUGGAGUCACCGAUUCUAGCACACAAAGCUUGGCACCUAGUGAAUCAGAUGAGGAGGAGGAAGAGGAAGAGGAGGAGGAAGAAGAGGAGGAAGAGGACGAUGAUGAGAAAGGAGACAGCUUUGUGGAAGGUUUGGGCACCCAUGCUGAAGUCGUCCCUCUUCCUUCAGUCCUUUGUUAUUCUGAUGGCACUGCCGUUCAUGAAAGCCACACGAAAAAUGCUUCUUUUUAUGCCAACUCUUCAACUCUGUAUUACCAAAUAGAUAGCCACAUUCCAGGAACACCGAACCAGAUCUCAGAGAACUAUUCUGAAAGAGAUACUGUCAAAAACGGUACCCUCUCGCUGGUGCCUUACACCAUGACCCCAGAGCAAUUCGUUGACUAUGCCCGACAAGCAGAAGAGGUCUACAGCACCUCCCACUACCCAGCCACCAAUCCUUCUGUAAUCGUUUGCUGCUCCUCUUCAGAAAAUGAUAGCAGUGUGCCCUGCAAUAGCUUAUAUCCCGAACACAGGUCCAAUCAUCCUCAAGUGGAAUUUCACUCAUACUUGAAAGGCCCCUCCCAGGAAGGGUUUGUCUCUACAUUGAAUGGUGACAGUCACAUUUCAGAGCAUCCUGCUGAAAAUUCAUUGAGCCUUGCAGAAAAGAGCAGAUUGCACGAAGAGUGCAUCAAAUCACCUGUGGUUGAGACUGUCCCUGUUUAGUAGCUUAAGUUAUUCUAGGACCAACUUCCCCCUAUUUAAGCCACUGUAUUUAAUUGAAUUCCCUGGGCUCAUUGUUCUUUAAACUGUGGACCAAGAAAACUUGGACUGUGGUUAAUGUUCCAGACUGCAUUUCAUUUUUGUCCUUUCUAGCUACAUGACUGUGGCAUUGCACAAAUACAGUCUCUAUAAGGAUUUUAAAAGAUUUCAAACUGUUUUGAUAGAAAAUGCUAAUUUUAAAAAUGCAUAUCUCACAGUUGCCUACCUGUCAAACUGUGUGAAACCUGCCAAGCUGUGUAGAUCAGAGCUCCAAGUUUUGCAUUAUCGGGCCUGUGCAAGAUUGUUAACUAAGACUGGGAGAUAAUAAGAUUUAGAGUCCUAAUUUUCGAUAUAUCUGAAGAUUAUGGUGACUUUUUAAUGUAAAAGUAAUUAUUGUAAGAAAAGAUUUAAUUGUUCCAUGUGUAUUUUAUUUAUGGUAGUUUAGAAGUCACGUUUGGAUGAAAAUGAACAGCAGCAUGUUCAUUUAAGCUGAAUACAUGUAGUGCUACAGAGCAUGCCCCCAUGGAUUGCAUUAGGAAUCCAUUCACAUUUUUAUGAUCAUGACUGAUCAGAUUUGCAAAUACUUUCUUAAAGGUGAAAUAGGCCUAUUUUUGCUAUUUUGGACAAAUAAAUGAGUCUAUAUGUACAGGUCCUUACACAUUUUCUCUAAAGUUCAGAGAUAGGACAAUCCUCCCACGAGGGUCUAGUUCAAUGCCCUCCCUCAGUUGACUCCAGAGAUGGAGGUGAAGGAACUGCCUUUCUUUUUUAAACAGCAUCAUCUUGGUUCUUAGCUUGGACAGCACCUUCAAACUCUAACCCCCUACAUCAAGAUGCACUUUAGUGCCCCUUCAUGGUACCUCGUGAGGGGUGGGGACUGAGAACUUUUUGAGAUGAAAAA